GGUCGGCUGCAAGUCCGGCCGGCUCUGCGUGCGACGUGGGCGGCGACAGGCCGCAGCGUGGCGACCACGGCAAUGGGGUGGAGUCGGCCUCAAGGCGUUGUACCUGCUGUGCGACGACCGCUCCAUGUGCAGCCUGCCCCGUGCAGGCCAUGACAUCAUCAAGUACUGGAUGCUCUUCCUCUUCGACGAGUUCGACGCCGAGCAAGAUCGUGUUGCUCAUCGGUCUCCUCGGCAUCCUGAUCAACGUAGCGAGCUCGGCGGAGCCUCUGGGCUUCAGGCCCAUGACGCCGCAGCGCGGCCAUCGCAUCGGCGAGUCACGGCUGCCGGCGCCGCAGUGGGGCCAACCCCACGAGCAGAACGUGCAGGGCCUGCCGGCGGCGGAGCUGGCCCAGCAGAGCACGUCGAAGGUCCCGCCGUUCUGGGCGCCGUACCUUGAGCAGCGCGGGUACCCCUUCAGGCUGUGGGUCCAGGACGUGAUGCUGUGGUGCGCGGCGACGGAGCUGCAGCAGCACCAGCGCGGCCCGGCGAUCGUCCAGCGGCUCGGCGGCACGGCGAGGGACCUCUGCCGCGAAGUGCCGGUCGAGGCCAUUGCGCACGGCAGGUUCGACCAGCUGGGUAACCUGGUCGAGGACGGGGUGCAGAUGCUGAUCGCAGGACUCAGGCGGCGCUUUGGCCCGCUCGAUGUCCAGUCCUCGAUCAGCACCAUCGUCGAGCUGCUGACAUUCCGCAGACAGGAGAGGGAGAGCAUCGACGACGCGAUCACGCGCUUCGAGGCUCUGCGCGCCCGAGUGGCGCAGCUUGACGACCCGCUCGUGCUGCCGACGCCGGUGCUCUCGCUGCUGUUCUUGGAGGCCCUGCAUGUGCCCAAGGCCGUGUACCCCCUGGUGCUGCAGUCCAACGGCGGCCAGCUGCCAAUGACGAUCGACCAGCUGAACAGCGUGAUCGGGAUGGUGCGGCAGCAGGGCCACUUUGCGGAGCACACUCAUGCAGGACCUCAGAACUUGUCUGAAGGAUACCGCGGCAAAGGAUAUCACGGUCAUCAUUGGUUCACGGGCGAGAAUGACAGCGGCGCCAACACCUGGAACGACACGGCCGCAUACAUGUAUGGUCAGAGCGCAUCCAGCGCGGCAGGGAGCGCUGGAUCCGCACCACAGCACUACGUGGUCCAGGACGACGAGGGCUACGAUUGUUGCGCCGUCUGCUCGAGCUACUUGUACGAAGACGAGCCCGGGGACGAUGACUCGAUGACCGACGACGAUGACUUGGACACUUCCCAGUUCACUCAGGAGGAACUACAGGAGUAUUAUGGCGACUCCGAGGGCUGGGACUACGACACCCUGCUACACGAGUACCUGUUCGCGAAGCGCAGGUUUCGCCACUUUGUUCAACGGAACAGCCGCCGCUCUCGUUUCCCGCGCAGCAAUUGGUCUCUUCGUAUGAACAGCGGCAAGGGCGGCAGCAGCUUCGGACGUGGGCGAGGCCACGGCAAGGGAUGCCACUUUGGAGGAUCGGUGGUGAACCCAGGCUCGCUGGCAGGAGGAAAAGGUAAGAAGAAGAAGGGCGGCAAGCACUACAUGGCAGGCACGCCCGGCGCCACCAAUCCUCGAGGCAGUGACGGCCGUACCAUGCGGUGCCACGAGUGCGACUCGGAGACUCACCUCGUGGCCGCCUGCCCCAAGCGCAAGGGCAAGGGCAAGGGCAAGCACUUCAUGUCCUGGAACUCUGGCAGCGCCUCGACGGGGACGCAGCAGGCUGGGGCUCCUGCCGCCGACCCAACAUUGUCCGCCUAUGCGCCUGUGCCCGCGCAGCCGCGGACUGGAGCCCUGUCUGGAGUGCUGCACUGGUUUGCCGAGGACGCCCGGACGCCCGGCCUGCAGAUCGACGACCUUGACGAGGACACCUGCCGCGAGGCUCUGAGCUGGGAGACCCUUGACAUGCGCGACAACGUCGCGGAGCACGACAUAUUGACGGAGAUCCAGGCCAGCAUGCAGGACCGAGCUGCGGAGGAUCAGCCUCCGGCGACAGCUGGGCGAUCAGCGGCCGUGACCAGCCCGACAUGGUUCCCAUGGUGGCGAGUUGAUCAGUUCGAGAACGCCAGCGGGGAGACCUACUUGGUUCGCACCCGCAUGAAGGACAGGAGCGGCGAGGCUCUGCUGGUGGACCCCGGGAGCCCAGGCAACCUUACUGGCGAUGAGUGGGGUAACAGGAUGGCAGCGCGACAGCAGCAGGCAGGACGUCCACCGCCUGUCCGCAUCCCACUCGACCGGGUGCUUGAGGUUGGUGGUGUGGGCUCAGGAUCUCAGCAGGCCACGCACGCUCAUCGCUAUCAACUGGCGCUACAGGGAGGACAAGCCGCGACCUACGAGGCGCCGGUGCUCCCGAACAGCAGCGUUCCGGCACUGCUCGGGCGAGCAUCGCUGCGGGACCAGCGCAUAUUGCUCGACUGCUUCAACAAUCGCAUGUACCGCAUCGGCCCGGGCGGCUACUCUGCAGCAACCGCGCCGACUCCCGCAUCCACCAGGGAAGUACAGGGGAGACCGCCAUCGGCAUGGGUGUUCGGCGACUUGCAGAACCUGUGCCAGAACGCGCUGCACGGAUGCGGAUAUGCGGUGGGUCGCAGCUGUGAUGUUCACAGAUUCCUCGGGCAGGAGGAUAAGUGGGCGGAUUCCUUGCGCCACCAGCAGCCGGAGCUCGUUUGGAUCAGCCUGGCUCAGCCGGGCACGUCGCGAGGCACUCGCAACGACAAGCGAGCCAAGCGUUUCGAGUGUAAGAUUGCUCGAGCCCAACUUGAAGGGCAUCGCUGCUGCAUCGUCGAGGCGGACGAGGGCAGCGCGGUGUGGGACAUGCCCGACAUCCUGGAGCUGCUGGACGACAGGAGGUGGCACUCAGGCUGCAAGGUGAGCGCGCUGACUGCGAGCUUUCCCACUGAGCAGAGGACGCGCGACAAGGCGCGUAAGGCAGCGGACCCGGAGCGCAAGGUGAAGAAGAGGCCACAGACGGUGGAGCAGGUCUUCGACGACUGCGGCUCCGAUUUCACGAAACUCUACGUGGCGAACGAAUACGAGCUGGACGAGGUGUGCUACGGCACCGAGCUCAGGGAGGACCAGCACAUCGAUGAACAACCGUACAUCAUGAUGUCCGAGUUCUUUGGCAUGAUCGGCUCGGAGGCGCACCUGAACGAGAAAGACGAGCAGCUGAACUUCUUCAGAUCGGUCAAGGAUAUGGACACACACAUGAACAUCUACUACGGCCACCUGCAGCACGACGACGUCGCGGAGCUGUGCGGUGGCGCAUCUGGAACGACCCGGCUGCUUGUACGACGAGGAUAUCGAGGCGGUCCCAACUUCGACCUCAUUUGCGACUGCAACUUGAUGACGCACGAGGGCCAGAGGCAGUUUUGGGAAUAUCUGUAUCAUGGCAAGCCUCUUGUUUUACUCAUUAGCACGCCCUGUACGAGCUUGAAGGGGUUCUCGGCGCUCAACAAGGUCAUCAACUACGACGGUUGGCUUCGCAGUCGCAAGACAUCUGUGGGGCUGGCCCGCAUCGCCGCUGCAGCGGCGUGUACUCAGAUGGACGCCGGGCGCCACUUUGUGUCGGAACAGCCGUUGGGCAGCGACUUCUACAAGCUCGACGACUGGCAACACAUCGCCAACAACUACGCGGUGGCGUGGUGCCAAGUCGACCAGUGCAUGGCCGGCAAGAUCGGGUGGCGAACGGGACUACCUAUCAAGAAGUCCUCGGAGUUCUGGGCUUCGGACGAGCGCCUGCUCGCCGGACUCAGGAGGUUUCGCUGCGACGGCCAGCACGAUCACGCCUUGCUGGCCCAUGGUGGCCGAGGACACCAUCCAGAGCGUGACAAAUGGCGACUAGAGAACCCCAAGGAUCAUGCGGAGUGGGCGAUUGGCAUCUGCCGGGAGCUGGCAGCGAGCAUUUCCCAGAUGGUGGAGCGCGCGAGAUAUCAGGGACACCACCUCGUUGUGUACGAGUGCUACCCCACGGACGCUGUCACGGCGGAGCCAGACGAGCCAUCAGGCGGCGCCUCGGGAUCGGCGGACGCCAUCGGCGAGGCACCCGUCGCGGAGCAGCCGGCUGCGGCCCCAGCCGCGCCAGCUCGAGGCGUGGAUGCGGGGACGCAGGCUCGAGGAAGUGACGAGCCAGGCUGGACCGCGUUUGACCUCGGGCACGCGCUUCGACUGCUGCACAGUCCACACCAGGAAGUCGUUCGGCGCCAGCUACGACGACUUCAUGUUCGAUUUUGGCACGCUCCAGCAGCUCGCCUCAGAGAGCUGCUGACCAAGGCCGGCGCUCCUGCAUCUACGCUGGCCCUGGUGAAGGAGAUCUGCGACACGUGCCGGGUGUGUAGGCUAUGGACGAGACCGGGACCGAAGAGCAUGACGAUCUCUCGGCUCGCGACGGGUUUCAACGAGAUGGUGCAGUGGGACAUCCUCUACAUCGGCGAACAGAUGGUGGCACACAUGAUCGAUGAAGCGACCCGAUGGACGGUGCUGCACAUCUUGGAACGCAAGACAGCGAUCAUGAUCAUCGCCGGCAUCACUCAGGGAUGGCUACGUCCUCAUGGCCCCAUGAAGCUGCUGAUUGCCGACAUCGAGGGCGGUCUCCAUGGCGAGGAGGCGUACCAGUGGCUGGACCGCUGGGGCAUUGAGAUGAAGGCCAAAGAGGAGGGCUCGCACGCGCAGCUGGUGGAACGACAUCACGACCUAGUGCGCAAGAUCAUACACCGCGUGCAGGCCCAGCUUGCGGAAGAAGGCAUUGUGAUGCCGUUGGAGAUCGUGAUCAUGGAGUGUGCCCUCAUCAAGAACCUUCUCAUCACCGUGGCUGGCUACAGCCCGUACCAGGCGGUGUACGGCCGACUUCCGCCCCUGCUCGCCGAGUUCGAGCCGGUGAGCGACUGCCAGAUCGACGAUCAAUCGGCUGGCAUUCCAGGAAUCUCCCGACACCAUCAUCGGCUCCGUGAAGUUGCAAUGCAAGCCAUGGUGGAGAUGACCGCGAAGGACAGGCUGAGGCGCGCACUUCGAUCCAAGACGCGUGCCCCGCACGAGGCGCUGCAGCUGGCGGUCGGCGACCAGGUUGACUUCCACCGGCCGCCGAGCACGAAGGAGGAGUCGGGGUGGCGCGGCCCGGCUACCUUGCUGCAGGUCGGACCUCCAGUGCUCAUUCGAUGGCAGGGCCGAGUAUUUCAAGUGCGACCUCAGGACCUUCGGCGAAGCCUCGUCUACUUCGUGAUGUUCACGAACAACAUCUUCUUUGAGGAAGGAUCGCGCGACCCGGUGGCCACCCUCAUGAGCUACGCGGACCAGCUGGACAGCAAGGUCGCGCGCGUCGGGUGGCUCUUCGACGCCGGGUGGAAGCGGACCGCGGACAGCCAGAAGCUCAGCGAGUUGGUCCUGGCGGUGUUGCACGUUGCCGCCAGUGGCUUCUACCUGGUGGGGUGCAUCGGCGCGCGAGUGGGCAACGGCGUGUCUGUGCUCGAGGGCAUGGUCGGAUGCGACCACAGCUUCCUGUGGUGGUGGCGGCGCGGACGCCCAGAGCUGUCCUGGUACCACGAGGCGUCUGGAUCUGCUCGACUGAAGUUGGCCCCGAUAUUUGGCAAGGAUCACUGGCGGGACGUCAGCUUCGUGCAGUUCAUCAUGACGGACGACGAGUCUGUUCGACAAGCCGAUAUCCGACACGAGCAUUCCAAGCGCAUCCAGACAGACAAGUGCAUCACUGCCAGUGCCCGACACGAGCAUAUCGAGCGCAUCCAGGCAGACGAGUGCAACAUCGGAUUCAACGAGGCGGAGGAGCUCGAGAGAGAUCGCGAUCACGUGAUGGUCCGGAUCGUGAUCAUGGAGCCCGAGGAGUACCUGUUCGCGAGCUGGCAGCACCUGAAGGAGCAGGCCGCUCUGCCUGCUGUUGACAUCGAGUGCGCUCAGAGCGACUUCUUCUUUGCAGCCCCGGACGCAGAUCAUGUGGCAGAAGCAGCAGAGGAUGAUUCUUCGAAUUCCCGACCCGACUGCGUCGAGAUCGGCAUAGGUGCGCCACUCAUGUACUGGGUGCACCCUGAGGUGGAGCACAUGCGACGACCUGGGUCAGGGGAGAUCUACAUCCUGCGCGUCUACAACACGGGCAAGCGCGAGAUUGUCGUCGAGCGCGAGAUGAACGUGCUCACGCUGGAGGAGGCCCGAGCUCACGAAGUUGAAGUACGGCAGGCCAUGAAGGACGAGCUCCAGCGCUGGGCGGAGUUGAAGGCAUUCCAGCGUUUCCCGAAGGAUCAGGCGACCAACAUCAUCGACUCCCGCUGGGUGCUCAAGUGGAAGGAGAUCGACGGCAAGAAGCAGGUGCGCGCGAGACUCACGGUGAGAGGCUUCAAGGACAUGCAGUCACCGGAGCUGUCCACCUUUGCGGGUACUACGACGCGAUGGGGACAACGACUGGUGAAUCAGGUGACUGCACAGCGCAAGUGGCGAUUAUUCUCAGCGGACAUCAGCCAGGCGUUCUUGCGCGGGCUCACCUUCGAGCAGGUCGCCGCCAUGGACGGCGAGGUCAAGCGGAAGGUACAGUUCACGAUGCCGCCAGGAUCGAUUCCAGUCCUCCGGCAGCUGGAGGGCUACGAGGACUACAACCCUGUGACAGAGGUGUUGUUGCUCCUGCGCUGCGGCUUCGGUCUGAAGGACGCGCCGAGGCUGUGGCAGGUCAUGUUGAAGCAAGUGCUGGAGAAGACAGGAGGCAAGGCGCUCAUCAGCGACCCGCAGAUCUACGUGUACCACGACGCGAAGGGUGAGCUGCAGAUGAUCAUGUCCUCGCACGUGGACGACCUCAAGGGCGGCGGCGAGGACUACCUGCGGGAGAAGGUACUGAGCAUGAUCGAGAGCGAGUUCGGGAAGCUGAAGCGCCAGUACGACUGCUUUGAGUGCAUCGGCAUCAUGCACGAGCAGGACGCUGUGACCAAGGCCAUCUGGACGCAUCAGCAGCACUACGUUCAACAGCUGCGACCGCUCCAGGAAGACCAGUAUGUGAUGGAGAAUGAAGAUGGCCAGGUGAGCGUGGAGACCCACGCGGCGUACAUGUCGCUGCUCGGGGGAAUCGCAUGGAUGACGCAGACGAUGGCGCCCAUUGCAGUGUACGUCAGCUACCUCCAGCGGCAGGCCAAGAAGCCGUCAGUCGGAGACAUCCGGAAGAUCAACCGGCUGCUGAAGUGGAUCAUGGUGAACGCGAAGCAGCUCGGAGUUCGGUUCAUCGAGUUGGACAUGACCCGAGGGCGGCUGGCCGUCGUCAGCGACUCAGCCUUCCACGCCAUGGAGUUCGAAGGCUUGGCGAUCCGAGGCUGUGUGAUCAUGUUGCUGGAGGCUGACGCCGAGGUGCUUCAAACCGGAUCGACGUACAGAAUUGUGAUGCUUGACUGGUACAGCAGAAAGCAGAACAACGUAGUGAGGUCCACCUACGCCGCCGAGCUGAUGGCGUUGUUGGACGCACUUGGCACCGGCACCCUCAUGAACGUGGCAUUGACUGAGAUCAGUGAAGGAGUGUGCACAGCGAAUGAGAUGCGAGUGCGGCAGGAGGUCGGCGACCUAGUGUUGAAGAUGAUCGCGGCCAUCGACGCGAAGGCAGUGUUUGACGCCGUCUCCGCCGCCACCAUCAAGGUGACCACGGACAAGCGCAUGUUUGUGCCGACGCUCGCGGUGCGUGAGCAGAUCGACCGCCUCCAGCUGUCCCAGCUCAGCUGGAUCGACACGGUGGACAUGCUGGCGGACGGGCUGACGAAGGGCGAGCUCGACCGGACGGCCUUCGUGAAGCUGGGCUUCAGCAACGAAUGGCACCUGAGCGGCCUGCAGCCAGUGGCCUUCUCGGCGCGCAGCGCGCUGGAGGGCCGCGCAGAGCGCUCGAAUUCCC